UCCGAGCUCACACCCACCCGGGAGUGCGCGCGAGGGUGUGCGCGGUGCCUGCGCGCGUGUGUACGUGUGGGGAGGUGUGCGCUAAAGGGGUGGGGUGAGGGGCGGCUGCCGGGGCUCUAGGUGAAGCGCAAGCAGAGGGAGGUCGCCCGCUCCGGCCACUCCCCGAGGGGUUCAGGCGGCUCUCUGGCGCACGGGCACCUCCUGGCGCGCGCCUCAGACCCCCUCGACCCUUGGACCACCGCCCUGCGGCCGCCACUCCGGCCGCCGGGAACGGCGAUGGCGCGGGACUGACGGCCGCCGCCCCCCAGGACCCUUCCGCCCCGCCGGGGGCUGGCGGCCCCGUCACGACCUGCAUGUGGGGCGGGCGCACCCGCUCCCGAAGCCAGCGACCCUCGGCGCCCACCGAGGCCGUGCUCGACCGCGCCGGAGAAGUAAUAGGAGGCGCGGCGGACCGGGCCGGGCUCCCCACGCACCGCGGCCCGGGAGCACGAGCUCCCCUGAGGGAGCCUGGGGAGUCCCAGCCCCGGAGGAGGGACCCGGAAGCAGAAGCGGAGCCGCGAGUGGAGCCGAGCCGCUGCCCCCGCUGCCCGCCGGCGCCGGGUGGGGGUCCCGGCGGCUGGAUGGGCAGCGGCGGCGCGGGCCGCCGGCGGCGAUGGGCGAAGAGCAGAGCACCGUGAGCGGCGGCGGCGGGCCCCAGGAGGCGCGGGCCCAGGCCGGCGGAGCCGCUGGCCACCGCGAGCCCCCGCGGCUGAGGGGGGAUGGCUCCGGAACCCCUGGGCCGCACGCCGCCUCUGCCGAGCCGAGUGGCCGCGGUGGCGGUGGCGGCUGCGGAAGGGACUGGGGCUGCGCGGACACGAACUCCCCGGAGCCCGCGAGGCGCCGGGGAGCCUCGGACUGGAGGAAGAGUCAAGCACUGGGGCGGCCCGUGGGACUGGCGCUCCAGGGGCCUCUUAACCCCCAGACUUUGCAACUGCAGCUGGAGCAGAAGCAGGAGGAGGAAGCUGGUGACCGAAAAGAGGGAGAGGAUAAAGAGCCGGAGGCGCCCCUCGGCGAGGAGCCGGACCCCAGCAGCUUAGCGGGAGCCCCCGAAGGACUGAUCCUGGACGUGCUGGGGCAGCGGCCUCCGCCCCCCUCCAAGAGGCAAGUCUUCUGCUCUGUGUACUGUGUGGAGAGCGACCUGCCUGAGGCCCCCGUCGCCGAGCCACUGUCGUCGCCAGCAUCCCCACCUCGGGCUUCGCCGGUGCCGAAGCUCCCCAGCCCUGUCUCCUCCUUCCCCAGCCCCCGGCUGUCCCUGCUGGCGGAUCCCUUGUCCCCCGACGGCGGCAGCAUCGAGCUGGAGUUCUACCUGGCGCCGGAGCCGCUCUCUGUGCCCAGCCUGUUGGGAGCCCCACCCUACCCGGGCCUGGGCGGGGUGGGCGAUCCCUAUGCGCCCCUCAUGGUGCUGAUGUGCCGGGUGUGCCUGGAAGAAAAGCCCAUCAAGCCCCUGCCCUGCUGCAAAAAGGCUGUGUGCGAGGAGUGCCUCAAGGUCUACCUGAGCUCCCAGGUACAACUUGGCCAAGUAGAAAUUAAAUGUCCCAUCACAGAAUGUUUUGAGUUCCUGGAAGAAACAACAGUUGUAUAUAAUUUAACACAUGAAGACUCCAUCAAGUAUAAGUACUUCUUGGAACUCGGUCGCAUUGAUUCCAGUACCAAGCCAUGUCCUCAGUGCAAGCACUUUACAACCUUCAAGAAAAAAGGACAUAUUCCAACCCCUUCCAGAUCAGAAAGCAAAUACAAAAUCCAGUGCCCCACUUGCCAAUUUGUCUGGUGUUUUAAGUGCCAUGCUCCUUGGCAUGAAGGUGUUAACUGCAAGGAGUACAAAAAAGGAGACAAAUUGCUGCGUCACUGGGCCAGUGAAAUUGAGCAUGGACAGAGAAAUGCCCAGAAGUGUCCAAAGUGCAAGAUCCACAUCCAGAGAACUGAAGGAUGUGACCACAUGACCUGUUCACAGUGUAACACUAAUUUUUGUUAUCGAUGUGGUGAAAGAUACCGCCAGCUCCGUUUCUUUGGAGACCACACAUCAAACCUCAGUAUAUUUGGAUGCAAAUACCGCUACCUCCCAGAAAGACCUCAUUUAAGGAGAUUAGUGAGAGGGUCAGUCUGUGCUGGAAAAUUAUUCAUUGCACCUCUAAUCCUGGUGUUGGGAUUAGCACUAGGGGCCAUAGCAGUUGUAAUCGGUCUAUUUGUAUUUCCUAUCUAUUGCCUUUGUAAAAAACAGAGAAAGCGGUCACGGACAGGUAUGCACUGGUGAAGCGCAAAGCUUCCCUCAGCUGCGUCGGGCCGGGGAAGAGCACUACAGAAUGGUACAGCCACCUGCGCGUCACCGCUGGAAAACACUAGAGCAGCCCUCUGCCAUCUCCUGUGGUUCCCUGCAAGCCACAAUGCCUCUAGCUAUGGUGCGCUCCCUGCCUGGUAUCCUGUUCUUUCCUAAACAAAUUGCUGCUUUUAAAAAAUGGUCACUUUCGUAAACUACAAACAUCUAUGUCAUAACUUGGAUUUUCAUAGUUCUUGGAAGAAAACAUUUUCAUUGCCGAACCAGUUAUGCACAGAAUUUUUCUGAGCAGACUUCUGCAGAGCAUUGCAUGGGUGGGCUCUGACCCCUGCCCCCGCCUCCAGGACAUCCUGGGAGACUUGGUGUGAACAGCUCGAGCCCUACCUGUACCGGGAAGCAUUCGGCCACUUGGAGAAGAUAAAAGCUCACCUAAUGCAGCUGUAUUCACCUGUGGCCCAAGCAGUAUAAUUCUUUUAUACUUCAGAUGCCAUCAUUGCUAGAAAAAAAAUCUCAAUGCCCAAAAGGGAACUAAUGAAACUAAAUUAAUGAGAAGAAUCAUGAGUUACUAAAGUGUAUAUGUGUAGGGGUGUGAAUAUGUGUGUAUAUUAAUAUAUAUUAAAAGUAGACCCAGUAACCCUGUAUUUAUCUACUUCCUUGCCUCUACACUAUUUUUCCACAUUUUCAUAGACCUAUUUAAAGAUGAUGGUUCCUUUGUGGGCAUACUUUGGGAAUGUACUGAAUUAAAAGUCAAUGUAGACAACAGGCUAUCAUGAUGUUUGUCGACCAUUUCUAUUUCUUGCUGUGUCUUAUUGUCACACACGCCACACGCAAUUUCUUGUUGUCUUUUUUUGUCACACCCCCCCCACACACACACAUACACGAGAGAGAAACUUGUGCAGUCUCCCUUUGCCCCGUCCCCCGAGGGAUAUGAAGCUUUGUAAAUUGACAAAGCCUGCUUUUGUGAAAUUCUCCGGACCCAAAAGCUGACUCUGUGCUUGUUGGGUGUGAUUCACUUUAUGGAUAAGUUCUUCACAAGGGAUCAUUUAAAACAAAGAACAAGUUUGCUGUAAAGGGAACUACUCAAGCCUUUAAAAAAAAAAACCUAUUCUGCCAAUGUGUUAACCAACUUGUAAUUACAGAGAAUUCUGCUAUAAGUGAAGGUUUUUAUGUCAUUUAAUAUGACAUCUUUUCUCCCUCUUUUUUCCUUUGAUUUGUCCCAAAGCUUUUCAGAAAAGCAAUUACUAAUUUUUAAGGAUUUGUCUUAGGCUUACUUUUCAAACACAUAAAUCCUAUCUUCCUACGGAGGGGUAAUUGGAAAUAAAUAAAACUUCCUUGUCCAUAGGUUUAUCUACAAUAUAAACUGCUUUUGGAGGAGAAAACACACACAGUGCAGAAAAUGUCUCCGGAAUUUUUUCUAACCUGCGAAUUGCUUUCAACUAAGAAAGGACACAUAAUUGUUGAACUGUGAUUCUUUGGUGUUCAUCAGAAAUGUCACGAGCACAAAGGAGGAAAAGGCCCCUAAGAAGGCUAAAUUUGCAGUUUUCUUCAAAUUCUUCAAAAUUUAGCUGCAUGCCAUAGACAAAGCAUUUCUUUACCAGCAUCCUUGUCUGACUUGAGUUGGAAUAGAUUAUGUCAUGUUUUAUCAUUUUUUGUUUGACCUAAAGAGUGUAUGAUACAGUUUUGUGAAACCAUGAUGUAUUCACCUGAGUUAAUAACAAAGUAGCUCUUCUACAGCUUCUGCACUGGUUGUCUGUUUCAAGCUAGGAAAGGUUUGGCAUCCCUGUUCCUGGAAUAGCAGAAAGCAUAACAUGACACGAGAAAAACUCUAGUUUCACAACUCCAUCUUUCAUUUACUCGUCCAUGCAUUCCUGAGUGCCUGUUUUAGGGACUUCAGUAUUAAAAUCUAAACAAUGGGGAUUU